AAAGUGCUAUGUCGUAAGUACCAAUACACCAUUUGGAAUGUAUUUUUCCGGUAUUUUUCUCUGAGACCGUAUGGCUAGCUGGAUUUUGAAUCCGAGCGAUGUCUCCUACUGUUCUCAUUGGCUGGAAUAUCAGUAGCCAUCGGCAGAUCAGCAACCAUCGGCAGAUCAGUCAUCCUCUCCCUGACCAAGUACUAACCUCUAGUGAAUUGGUUAACCGUCCCCGCUCUGAGCUCAAUGACGUAGAGCUUGCUAAGCUCGAAGAGUAUGAGUUUACACACGGACCGAUGUCUAUUCUCCAGCUGGCCGUGGCGAACCACACUCCCAUCAUCAUUUCCUGCCGCAACAACCACAAGCUCAUUGCACGCGUCAAGGCGUUUGACAGACACUGCAACAUGGUGUUGGAAAAUGUCAAGGAGCUCUGGACCGAAUUCCCACGGAACGCGCAGGGUGCCAAAGAAAAGGGAGUAAAUAAGGAGAGAUUCGUUAGUAAGAUGUUUUUGAGAGGCGACUCCGUUGUGGUGGUGUUGAAGGGCGCAUAGGAUGGUUGAGAGUAGUACAAUAGUGUAUAUUAGGAUAAAUGUUCAGUUAGGCCCAGGAAUAAGUAACGAGGGGAGAAUGUAGGAGAGAGGUAGAGUAAAGCGG